GGCAUGGCAUGUAUGUGGAGCUGGGCUCUCCCUCUGCUGCACAUGGGCCAGCUCCUAUUAAAGGGACUUGAGCUCCAUUCCCAGAGCUGCCCGACAGCUGAGAUGGGGCGACUGCUGCUGUGGGUUGGGCUUGUUCUUCUGACGAAACACAAUGAUGGUACUGCCUACAAGCUGGUGUGUUAUUUCACCAACUGGGCUCACAGUCGGCCAGAUCCUGCCUCCAUCUUGCCCCAUGACCUGGACCCCUUUCUUUGUACACACCUGAUAUUUGCCUUUGCCUCAAUGAACAACAAUCAGAUUGUGGCCAAGAAUCUCCAGGAUGAGAAAAUUCUCUACCCAGAGUUCAACAAACUCAAGGAGAGGAACAGGGCGCUGAAAACACUGCUGUCCGUCGGAGGGUGGAGCUUCGGCACAGCACGGUUCACCACUAUGCUGUCCACACUUGCCAGCCGUGAACAGUUUGUUGAUUCAGUCGUAUUCUUCCUGAGAACACAUGGCUUUGAUGGGCUUGAUCUCUUCUUCUUGUACCCUGGACUACGAGGCAGCCCCAUGCAUGACCGGUGGAAUUUUCUCUUCUUAAUUGAAGAGCUCCAGUUUGCUUUUGAGAAGGAGGCACUGUUCACCCAGCGCCCAAAGCUGCUUCUGUCGGCUGCUGUCUCUGGCAUUGCACACAUCAUUCAAACAUCUUAUGAUGUGCACCUUUUAGGAAGACGUCUGGAUUUCAUUAAUGUAUUGUCUUAUGACUUACAUGGAAGUUGGGAAAAGCUUACAGGACACAACAGUCCUCUGUUCUCCCUUCCUGAUGACUCCAAAUCUUCGGCCUAUGCUAUGGAUUACUGGAGAAAACUUGGGGCACCUGCAGAUAAACUUAUCAUGGGCUUCCCUGCCUAUGGACGUACCUUUCAACUCCUCGAAGAGUCUAAGAACGGAUUGCAGGCUGCCUCAACGGGACCAGCAUCUCCUGGGUAUUACACCAAGCAGGCUGGCUUCCUGGCUUACUAUGAGGUUUGUUCCUUUAUCCAGAGAGCAGAACAGCGCUGGAUUGAUUAUCAGUAUGUCCCAUAUGCCUAUAAGGGGAAGGAGUGGGUUGCCUAUGAUGACACCAUCAGCUUCACUUACAAGGCAACAUUUGUGAAAACAGAACAUUUUGGGGGUGCCAUGGUGUGGACACUGGAUAUGGACGACGCCAGGGGCCUUUUCUGUGGCAAUGGCCCUUUCCCCCUUGUCCAUAUAUUGAAUGAGCUCUUGGUGCAGGCAGAGUCCAACCCAACCCCUUUGCCACAAUUUUGGUUUACAUCGCCUGUGAAUUCCUCAAGACCUGGCUCUGAGAGUCUGCCUGUGACAGAGGGGUUCACCACUGAUACUGUAAAGAUUUUGCCCCCAGGAGAAGCUAUGGCCACUGAAGUCCACAGAAAGUAUGAAAAUGUGACUACAGUCUCUAAUGGUGGGUUCGUGACCCCUGAGGGAACGUCUCCUGAAGCACAUGUGGUAGCUUUAGAAAGUAGCACUAUGGCUCCUGAGGCAAAAACCACAACCUCACUGGACCUUCCAUCUGAGACCACUACUGGGAAGACAGUGACAGCCCAGACACAGACAACUAGGGAAGAGACCAUGGCCACAGUGGGUAAUCAGUCUGUGACCCCUGGGGCGGAGACCACGGCCACAGUGGGUAAUCAGUCUGUGAUCCCUGGGGCAGAGACCACGGUCACAGUGGAUAAUCAGUCUGUGACCCCUGGGGCAGAGACCACGGCCACAGUGGGUAAUCAGUCUGUGACCCCUGGGGCGGAGACCACGGCCACAGUGGAUAAUCAGUCUGUGACCCCUGGGGCGGAGACCACGGCCACAGUGGGUAAUCAGUCUGUGAUCCCUAGGGAGGAGACCACGGCCACAGUAGGUAAGCAGUUUGUGACCCCUCAGGAGGAGACCACAGCUAUAGUGGGUAAUCAGUUUGUGAUCCCUUGGCCAGAGACCACAGACACAGUGGAUAAUCAGUCUGUGAUCCCUGGGGAGGAGACCACAGCUAUAGUGGAUAAUCAGUUUGUGAUCCCUUGGCCAGAGACCACAGACACAGUGGAUAAUCAGCCUGUGAUCCCUGGGGAGGAGACCACGGUCACAGUGGGUAAUCAGUUUGUGACCCCUAGGGAGGAGACCAUGGCCACAGUGGGUAAUCAGUUUUUGACCCCUGGGGUAGAGACCACAGACACAGUGGGUAAUCAGUUUGUGAUCCCUUGGCCAGAGACCACAGACACAGUGGGUAAUCAGCCUGUGACUCCUGGAGGGAUGGAUACAACUCUUGUCUAUCUUCAGACUAUGACUCCCAGUGAGAAGGGAACUUUGAGGGAGAAGGCUGUGGUCCUUGAAAAGAUCACUGUUUCCCCUAGAGAGAUGUCCAUUGCCCCUAAUGGGCAGAGCACAGCUCUAAAGUGGGAGAGAUUGAUUACUGAAGUGGAGACUUACCCCCAGAAUGGAUGAAUUGGUCUUCAUGUAGCAUCGGAGAACAGAAUGCUGUCCUCCAGCACUGUUGUCCUGUUCCCAGGAUACGCUCCUUUCUCUUUUGAAAAUGGCUUCACUCUUACUAAUGGAAACCACUGCUUUGUCAACACCAUAGCCCUUCUAACAAAUCUCUGUCUUACAAAAAGAACACCCAGAACACUCUGUUACAGAUCAAAGAUCAUGAGCUCCAUUGGUGGCAAAUCCCUGGGAAAAACCCUUGUUUUUUUCCUCUAUGUGAUAUGACAGAAGUCACCUCAUGCUGCCACCCAUGAACCAUUUGUGGGGCAAAGCUGGCACCAAGGCCACCAUGGGGCAAUCUCUUUUUUUGUCUAAUAAACUGGAAGCAUGAGAAUCUU